GUUUCCGUAGAAGGAACUACCUAUGGAAGACACGAGUCGACCUCGUCGGCAGUUCUACCGAAGAAGAUGUAUGUCAUGGUUCCGCAUGUCGACUUUCGCGCUCCCUAACAAAAAUCCUCACAUCGAUAUUUGAAGACACCGGAGGUGGCAGGGCGAAACAAAUGGUAUUCCAGAGUGAGGCUUCAGAUCCUCGGGAGAAUGCUAUCUCGCCACCAGGGCACCUGCAGCAUCUAGCCUUUGUGGGACGACCCAACAUAUCGCCGCGAUCCUUUUCGAUAGAGCGACCCGCUCGCAUAGGAUUCGGGAAUUUCGGAAUCUCAGCGUCAACACAUGGAAAGAUCAUCCCCCAAGCCCUUCAUCUCGUAUGCAUACAACAAUCACAGACCUGCGUCGGUACAUCAGAUCGUCCAACUACGUGUACCACGUGUGAGCAAUCGAUGUCGUGCUCGCAGCUCAUAAAUCCCACGAGUAUAUUACCCGUGCGUCGAUCCUGCGAGUAUUCGCUUAGCAACGGUUGGUCUCUCUUGUCCAGCAAUGUCCUUCGCAUUAAGAAUCACUUCCCCCUAGGGCGAGCAGAGAGAAUCCGAGAGGAUCACCAGAUGGAAUCUACACCUCGAACAGGCUUACAUGAUCAAGACCGAUCCAGCGAGCUCACAGGUACAUGCCACUUCGAGGACCAAGGCACGGUGUCUUGCAGACUGCAUCUGCAAACCCUUCGUACCUCGCAGAUCACACCCGGCUCAUGCCACUCGGGAAUACCACAAUUGGCCUUUGCGCCGGACAGCACACCGGGUUCAAGCUAAGGCUGCCCAAAUCCUCAGCAACAUCUAGAUUGUUGCCUGUCAGCGAUCAUGACUAGCAGUCCUCACCUCAUCCGCAGGCUCGGGUCGAAAAAGCCUGUGGUCGCCUCUUCGGCUGUAAUUGUCCGACCCCAGUCUCUGCAUGCGUCUGUAGAGCUUUGAGGCGCUUCUCGGUGGCACGGUGUUGGCAGUCGGGCAUA